ACACACGCACCAACGCACUCACGGCCCUCACCACCGCCAUGCAGAAGAGGGUCAUGACGGUGUUCCUGCUCGAGCACCACCAGACCUUCAGUGACCUUGUGGAGCGCUCGCUGCGGAAGGGACGCGGGCCGGAGCAGGUCGCCGCUGGCCGCCUCGCUUCCCUGCUGUUGCUGUCCCUGUCGCCCUGCUCGGAGGUGGAGGAGGUGUACCAGACGCUGUCCCCGCUGCUGCGCGUGGCCGUGACAGACCCGGCCGGGCCACGCGAGGGCCGGACGGAGUGUGCCCACACCCUGGCGCUGGCCACUCUGCUGGCCUGCCACGAUUUGGGCCAGGUCACCAGCGCCAUGAACACCCUGCACUCCGUCUUCGCCGCCUCCCUGCCCAAGGGUAAUGGAGAGCUGCCCACCCACCCGCCCGCCCUCACCGCCCUCCACACGGCUGCCCUUAAUGGAUUCUGCCUCCUCCUCUGCCUCAUGGCCCCCGCCUCGGUCUACACCAUGGCUAACAAGUUAGUCAAGGAGAUGUUUGACCUACUGGGGAGUGCCGACCUCGACCUCAGGAUACAGGCCGGAGAGGCAGUGGCGCUGCUGUACGAAUCCACCCGCACCCACGAUCCUCGGUACAGGUGGACACGCGAGAAGGAGCUGUGUGCGGUGCUGAACGAGCUGGCCACCGACUCCCACAAAUUCCGCGCCAAGAAGGACCGAAAGCAGCAGCGCGCCUCCUUCCGCGACGUGGUUCGGGCGGUGGAGGAGGGCGAGGUCCCCGAGGAGUCCGUCAGCGUGGGUCCCCAGCAUCAACGUCAAGAGCUUCUCCUCGAUUCCUGGUCCCUCAAGCUGCAGUAUCAAGCACUGUGCCGUGUGCUGACCCAGGGACUCAGCACUCACAUCACCUUCAAUGCUGGGGUCCGGGACAUGUUCAGCCUCGGUCCGCCACCAGAGCAGAUCGACCGCAGCCUGGCCGCCCUCGCCCGCCGCGGCCAGAAGAAGCUGAACCGCGAGUCCCCCGCCUCCAAAGCCCGCCAGAUGGCCCGCAACAAGAACAGGGACAACCGCGCCGCCGCCAAGACCUACGACGAUUGACCUCCGGCGGCUGGCUAUGAUGAGGCGGCUGCUGGCGGCUGAGCUACAUGGCGGCUGGCGGCUGCUUUUUUAUUUAAUUUUUUUUUUGCGUUAGGCUAGGUUAAGUUAGUUUGUUCGUUCUCUGGUUCGGUUCGGUUGACGGUUUAUUUUUUUGGUUGUUUUGGUUGGGCAGGUCCGGUUAGUCGUACAUUUUGCCAGUCAGUUAGUUCAUGAGUUGGUUAGUGAGAUAUUUAGAUAGCCAGUCAGUCAAUUAGUGGGUUUGUAAGUAUGUCUGUGCUAUGGGCAGUUAAUGAGUUCCCUAAUUUGUUGACCGACCGACCGACCGACUGACUGACUGACCGACGGUUCGUUAAAAUAUUUUGCAUUUCAGCCAGUCAGUCAGUCAGCAAUUACUUAAAAUCUACAGUUAGUUCAGUAGAAGAGACCGACUAACUGACUGACUUGACUGGAAUUAUGCAUCGAGUUUAUCAGUGAGUCAGUCAGUUAUGCAUGAGUGACUUACCGACCGAGUGACUGACUGACUGACUGACUGAUGGUGGUAUUAGGUGUUAAGCUCAGUAAAUGUCAGUCAGUCAGUCAGUUAAUCAGUCAGAUGAAAAGCUUACUGACUAACUGACUGGGUGACUUGACUGAAUUUUGCAUUUAUUAACAGCUCCAGUCAGUCAGUCAGUCAAUAUAGCUGACACUUGACUGACCGACCGAAUUAUUUUGAGUGCUGUAAAUACUACUACUACUAUUUCUACUAGUACUACUACUACUAUUUCUUCUACUACUACUACUACUACUACUUCUUCAGAAUUGGGUGACUAAUGUACAGGAAGUUAGGUUUUAUAUAAAUAGUAUUUCUCGACUUAUUAUUAUUAUUAUUGUAAAUUUCUAUGGUGCAUUUUUUCUUAUAUUUAGUGACUUUGUAAGUAUUUUGGAGUCUUGAUCUGUCUCUCUCUGUCUUGUUUAUUAUUAUUAUUAUUAUUAUUAUUAUUAUUAUUAUUAUUAUUAUUAUUAUUAUUAUUAUUAUUAUUAUUCUCAUCUUUUCAAAAUCAUCUAAAACUCACCUUAAAUUUCUGUCUCUCUUCUCUCUUAAUACUCUUUCUUCUUUUCUCUCCUUCCUUCCCUUUUUUUCUCUUCUUUUCCUUAUUCUCUCUCUCUCUCUCUCUCUCUCUCUCUCUCUCUCUCUCUCUACGGGACCCCACAGGAUGUCACCCCACAGACACAAGCCCCUCCUCUCUCUCUCUCACUCACAGACACAAGCCCCUCUCUUUCUCCCUCUCUCACAGACACAAGCCCCUCCCCUCUCUCUCCCUCUCUCACAGACACAAGCCCCUCCCCUCUCUCACACAGACACAAGCCCCUCCUCUCUCUCUCUCACAGACACAAGCCCCUCCUCUCUCUCUCUCUCUCACAGACACAAGCCCCUCCUCUCUCUCUCUCUCUCACAGACACAAGCCCCUCCUCUCUCUCUCACACAGACACAAGCCCCUCCUCUCUCUCUCUCUCAGGAAUUAAAUGGAGUGUUUUUCUAGAUUGAUUGUUAGUGAAGCAGCUACCAGCACUCACUACUACUACUACUACUACCACUACUACUACUGCUAUUACUACUUAUUGUAUAUUUUGUAUCAUUAUUGGUGUGUGUUGGUAAGGUCGGUUCUUCCCCCGUUCUUAUUCUUAUUUAAAAAAAGAGAAAUAAUUAAUAAAUAACGUUGGUGUUGCAGUGAAGCA